CCGAGCGCACGGGCUGGGAGGCCGUAGGCGCGUCAAGGUCAGCCUGGACGGGGGUGGCUGCCUGCCUGGGGGCGGGAGACCCUCCCAGGGGGCUGGGCUGCGGCCUCCGAGCGCCUCGGCCAUAUUGAACAGCCACGGCUGAGUCGUCUUUGUCUGCGAAGUCCUCUCCCAAGCUGCAGGCGAGUCCCCGAGGCAGGAAGAGCCACGGGGCAGCCCGUGCGCCCCAACUCGGAGCCCGUGCACCGCGUUCGCAGCUGGCCGGUGAGCUUUGAGCCUCAGGACCCAUCUCACCCCCGGCCCACGUAAGCAUCCCCGGGGGUUGAUUCCCGCCAGUCCUUGGUGGGGAGCCGGACUUGACCAAGACUGGACUCGGUUGCGGGCAGAGAAGUUAGGAGGGGCUGGCUCCUCCUUGGCUGGAGAGGUGAGACCCUCCGGGCAGUUCGGCCGCGACCCCCCACCCCCAAGACCCAGGCCUACUUGUAGUUUGGGGUCGUUGCCCCCACCCCAGCUUUCACCCUGGAGAUCUUAAAGACCCUCGAGAAAAGCCACGUGGGGGGCUGGUUCCCCUGGGGCUUCCUCCCUUCCCCCGACUGCCUGAUCCUGUGGAGCGUCCCAGAUGUCUGCAAAGAUGUGGAUCUGGAUGUCCUCGUGGAAGCCUUGAAACCCGUGGGGACCUUUAAGAAGAUUGGCAAGGUGUUCCGCAGGGAGGAGGACUCCACGGUGGGGAUGCUGCAGAUCGGGGAGGACGUCGACUAUUUGCUCAUCCCCCGGGAGGUCAGGCUGGCCGGGGGCGUGUGGAGGGUCAUCUCCAAGCCGGCCACCAAGGAGGCCGAAUUUCGGGAGCGGCUGACCCAGUUUCUGGAGGAAGAAGGCCGCACGCUGGAGGACGUGGCCCGCAUCAUCGAGAAGAGCACCCCACACCCGCCCCAGCCCCCCAAAAAGCCCAAGGAGCCCCGAGUGAGGAGGAGAGUCCCGCAAAUGGUGACCCCUCCCCCGCGGCUGGUCGUGGGCACCUAUGACAGCAGCAACGCCAGCGACAGCGAGUUCAGUGACUUCGAGACCUCCAGACGCAAGGGCGACAAGGGUCACAACGGCCCGGGGCGCGGCAGGAGGGUGCGCAAAAUGCCUGUCAGUUACCUGGGCAGCAAAUUUCUGGGGAGCGACCUGGAAAGCGGGGAUGAUGAGGAACUGGUGGAGGCCUUCCUGCAGCGAGGGGAGAAGAAGCCCAGCGCGCCACCUGCCCGCCGCCGCGUGAACCUGCCGGUGCCCAUGUUUGAGGACAACCCCAGGCCGCAGCUGUCCAAGGCGGACAGGUGGCGAGAGUACGUCAGCCAGGUGUCCUGGGGGAAGCUGAAGCGGAGGGUGAAGGGCUGGGCGCCGAGGUCCAGCCCCGAGGUGGGCGAGGCCCGGCAGGCCUCUCCCAGGGUGGAGAGGGACGGGGCAUGGGCGCCAGGCAGGGCCAGCCUGGGGGAUAAUGUGGGCAACGCAGGAGGCGGCCAGGCGCCCGAGACUGCCCCAAGACGAUGGAGGCCCAGAAUCAACUGGGCCUCUUUCCGCCGUCGUAGGAGGGAGGAGGCAGCAGCAUCCACAGUUCAGGUGGCAGAGGCUGCAGACGAUCAGAGGGCAGAGGCUGCAGACGAUCAGAGGGCAGAGGCUGCAGACGAUCAGAGGGCAGAGGCUGCAGACGAUCAGGGGGCAGAGGCUGCAGGUAAUCAGAGGGUGGAGGCUAUAGCUAAUCAGAGGGCAGAGGCCAUACCCGUCCAGGGGGCAGAGGCCGAGGAUAAUCCCGGGGCAGAAGCCAUAGCUGUCCAGAGGGCAGAGGUUGCAAAUAAUCGGAGGGAAGGGGCUGCAGAUAAUCAGAGGGCAGAGGCCCCAGUUGUCCAGGAAGCUGAAGCCUCAGCUGCCCGGGUGGCCACAGGGGCAACCCAGGGAGCUAGGGCCCGGAAACAGGUCAAGACAGUGAGGUUCCAGACUCCUGGACGUUUCUCAUGGUUUCGCAAGCGGCGGAGAGCCUCCUGGCACACUCCUCGGUUGCCAACCCUGCCGGAGAGAGUCCCCAGGGCAGGCGAGGCCAGGAGCCUUAGGGUGUUGAGGGCAGAGGCCAGAGCAGAAGCAGAGCAGGGAGAACGAGAAGACCAGCUGUGAGGUGAGGGCAGGGGUGCCCCAGACCACACCGCCACCGGCCACGCUCUCGGCCACACAAGGCACGGUCCUCCUCUCCCGCACGUGGAUGGAGACGCUCUUCCUGCCUCCGUACUUGAAAAUGGAGGUUGGGGCGCCUGGGUGGCUCAGUCGGUUGGGCAUCCGACUUCGGCUCAGGUCAUGAUCUCGCGGUUGGUGAGUUCGAGCCCCGCGUCGGGCUCUGUGCUGACAGCUCA